CGCAAGACCGAAGCGGGGCGGCCAAGUCCGGCGCUGGCGCGCGCCAUGCGUGCUGGGCCCCGCCUGCCCCGGCUGGCCGCCGCGGUGCUGUUCCUCAACUCGCGCGGCGCGGCGGAGGAGCUGAGCUGCUGGGCGGGGCAGCUGAACGCCGCGUUCUGCUGCGACCUGCGGCUGGGCCCACGCGGGCGCGAGGAGUGCUGGGAGGGCCCCUACAACUACGAGAACUGCUGCGGGCCGUCGGCGUCGAGCCGGGAGGCGGCCGAGCGCGCGGCGGGCGCCGCCGAGCACAGGGCUGAGGCCGGGCGGCCGGAGGAGGCCGAGCGGCUGGCAGAGGCCGAGCGGCUGGCUAAGGAGAAGGAGGCCGAGCGCGUGGCGGAGGCCGAGCGGUUGGCCAAAGAUGACUCCGAGCGCAAGGCAGAGGCCGAGCGGCUGGUCGAGGAGGAGGCCGAGCGCGUGGCGGAGGCCGAGCGGCUGGCCAAGAAGGAGGCCGAGCGCAAGGCGGAGGCCGAGCGCUUGGCCAAGGAGGAGGCCGAACGCGCGGCAGAGGCGGAGCGGCUGGCCAAGGAGGAGGCCGAGCGCAAGGCGGAGGCCGAGCGGCUGGCCAAGGAGGAGGCCGAGCGCAAGGCGGAGGCCGAGCGCUUGGCCAAGGAGGAGGCCGAGCGCGCGGCAGAGGCCGAGCGGUUGGUCGAGGAGGAGGAGGCCGAGCGCAAGGCGGAGGCCGAGCGCUUGGCCAAGGAGGAGGCCGAGCGCACGGCAGAGGCCGAGCGGCUGGCCAAGGAGGAGGCCGAACACGCGGGGGAGGCCGAGCGCUUGGCCAAGGAGGAGGCUGAGCGCUCUGCGGAGGCCAGGCGGUGAUUCAAACGUCUCGGAGGGCAGCAGGGCCAGAGGUCUCUCUGAUCCACGUCUUGUUAUUGCCUACUCCCUGUGUGCUCGAUUUGUAGUGCUGAGAAACAGCUCAUAGUGGUAAGCGUACAUUCUAGUUGUAACGCACUACUGGUCGUGC